AUGAGAUACAACCCAGAGGACGGCAAACAUGCCACCCGCGAGGUCCAGAGGAGACAACCUCAAGUGCCCAAAGUCGGCCACAUUGACAAGCUUGGCGAGCUCGUCUAUCUGGGAUUGACACGCCUGCAGGUUGUCCUGCUCUCGACCCGUCUAGCGAUAAGCAUCAGAGGCGAGCACUCGUCCUCCUCGCCAUCAUGGUCAGGCCACAAGUUUGGCCCCUUGUCGGCCCAAGGCCUAUUCAACUCGCACUACAUUGAGCCCAUGUUUCUGUGGUGGGGCAUGAACACUCGCAUCCUCCUGGGCCCCUCGGUCGGCCGCGUCCCCGUGCGGGACUCGUUCGAUAAGGACAUGGCGAGCUGCAUCAACGGCGCCUCCCACAACUAUGCGGGGUCCUACGGGGCCACCGAGAGGUCGGAAGCCAUCCACCGCCUCUGCCUGGACGAGCUGCCCGUCACCCUGGACUCGGGACCCCUGUACGACGCGGCGCGCGAGGAGCUCGCCGCGUUCUGGUCGGCCGACUUUUGCAUCCCGACCACCACGGGCUACGGGUCAAACUACCUCGCCAUGCCGCGGGUGCUGGCCCUGCUCCGUCAGCGCGGCGAUGGCGUCGCCGUGUUCUGCGACGAGCACUGCCACAACUCCAUCUUCACGGGCGUCUUCCUCGGCAUGGGUCAGCUGGGCGGCGUGAGUCUGCGCCGCUUCUCGCACAACGACGCCGCGAAGCUGGAAGAGCUGCUCCGCGACUCCACGGCCCCCGUCAAGCUGGUCGUCGUCGAGGGCCUCUACAGCAUGGAGGGCGACGUGCCCCCACUGCGGGAGCUCGCCAGGCUCAAGGACACGUAUGGCUUCGUGCUGUACUGCGACGAGGCGCACUCGUUCCUGUCCCUCGGCAAGACGGGCCGGGGCUGCCUCGAGUACGCCAGGGACCGCGGCCUGAUGUCGACCCCGGACCCGGUCGACCUCCGCACCUGGACGCUAUCCAAAGCCGUCGGCGGCAUCGGCGGGUGCAUAGCCGGCAGGGCCGAGUUCGCGUCGUGCUUCGUCGACGUGCCGCCACAGCCCGUCUCGGCCGCCACCCUGGUCCAGGCGCUCUGGGUCAUCAGGCAGCCGGGCCUGGUCCGCCAGAACCUGGCCCGCCUCUCCGCGACGGCCGAGUUUUGCCGCCGCGAGCUCACCAGCAGAGGCGUCUUCGUCUACGGCGGGCUGGACGAGGCCACUCCCGUCGUCCCCGUGUGGACAGGAACCUCGAGCACGUCGGCGCGCUUCUCCUACGAGCUGCGCCGCCGCGGCGUGCUGGCCAGUCCUGUGACCACGCCCGCCGUGCCCUUCUGGGAGAGCCGCGUGCGCGUCAACCUCUCCGCCGACUUUGACGCCGACGACGCGGACAGGCUGGUCUGCGCCAUCGUGGACGCCGCGCGGGCGACGGGGGUAAUCGCACGCUCCAGCCGACGCAAACCCGCGACGGCCGCUGCGGCAAUGUUCCGCAUAGCGCAGGACAACAAGCAGGCCGUGCGUAGCGGGGAGGAGGACGAGGAGCCGCGCGCCGCCUCCGACUCCAUCGAAACCCUCAUCCGCCAGCAGGCGCAGCAGCAGCAGCAGCCGCAGAGGAGAUCCGAGCCCCUCACCCUGGCCGGCCACGCCGCCCGCGGGCGCUACGGCGUCGCUUCUGGCGGCUCGCGCUGGAUCUCGGGCACGUUCCCGCCGCACGUGUCGGUCGAGGGGCUGAUCGCCGCGGCGGCGGGCGCCGAGGCGGCAAUGACCUUUCAGGACGUCGGCGUGUCCCUCGCGUCCGCCAUCGCCGCGCUGGCCCGCCCCUUGCUCGGCGCCAAGAGGCACGUCAUGCUCUUCCCCUCGCGACCCGACAGCCGCUGUGUCGAGGAGGGGCUGCUGCUGAUCCCGCCCGGCGCGGUGGGCAGCAGCCGGCUGCGCGUGGUGCGCUACGCCGACGUCGGGGACCUGGCGCGCUGCGCUGCGGAGUCGGGCGCGCCGAGCAAGAACACCUGCGCUACUGUGUAUCUGGAGCUGACGGACUCGAGGCCCGUCGAGGUCGUGCGCGCGGCUGUCGAUCAGCUGGUGCGACAGGUCGGCGACAGGACGGCCGUUACCGUCCUGGUGCGUGACGCCCGGACGCCCAAGGCGCGGCCCGAAAUCGCUCACAUCCGCCAGCUUGUUCCGCGGGGUGGGCGCGUGCAUGCACUGUUGUUCGGCACAUGUGUUGCUGCCGACGUCGAGGUCGGAUACCUCGCCGGGCCGGAGAAUCUCAUCAGGGAGCUGCGGUAUACGAGCCGGGGGUAUAUGUACACCACCUCGAUGCCGCCGUUUGUGGUCGAUAUGAUGGUUGCGGCGUUGGAAGGUAGGAUGGUUAAUGGAGUAUAG